AGGUUAUUGACGACUUGGGCGGAACCUGGAGCGAUAUCUUAUGAGCCAGGAAAGUGAGUCAAAUGAGAGUCCAGUUGUUAAUCCAAACUUCACAUAUAACGCUGCCGAACUUCCCAGCGAUUAUACUUCAGAUUGGAUCUGUGAGCUAGCUUUAGAAAACUCAGAUCGCAUCAUGAAGUCUCAUGAGCAUGACACAAUAUACCUGACUUUAGAAAGUGUGCAAUACAUCUUCACAGUUUGCAUCCGAUUACGUCUACCUUCGGAUAUCCGAUACCUAGCUGUCCUGAUUUUUUCAAGAUUCAUGCGAGUGCACACCGAACAAGUCAUCGAAUUUCUGGAUGGUAUGAAGAUGAGCGAUAAACGAAGAUUUCGUGAAUGGGAGAGGGUGGAAGCCAAUCUCUCACGACAGACGACACUCCGUAUGCUUUCUUCCAUACAAAUCGCAUCCAAAGCUCUCAGCUAUCACGACAGCCUGUCGUCGAAGCAAGUUUGCUCCUGUUUGCGUUCUUUGGGAUUCGCUUAUACUCAGCGCGCAGCUUUGAAAUCCGAACUGAGAAUUUUGAAGACUUUGGAGUACCGAUUACCGCGCUCUCCUCUCGUGUAUCCGGAAACUUUUUUGAAAUCUUUGGUUCAAAGAUGGUCGGAUGUGGACUUCAAAGUAUUGUGGGAGCACGUCUUAAUGUUUCUCGACGUUGUUUUUCUGCAUCAUGAACAGGUCUACCAAGUCGUGCUGAAAUCAGCGAUGCUAGAAAACGGUCUCACUCCUUCUUUCUCCAGAGCUGAUAUAGAGCGUGUCAAAGCCGAUUGGAUGUUGCUCGGUGGUGGAACAAUUACAGCAGCAGCUCAGUGUGUCUUGUCGAUCGACCAGACGAAGGAGGUGGCAGCUCAUCUUGCAAAACUGUCAGGGACUCCUUAUGAGGACAUACUUCAGCUGGCUAUAGCAAUCACGCAAACCACCCUCACGCUGCACAAUUCGAUGACGAACUUGGCCAUUCUCGCACCGUCGGGAGAUCUAGUACCGAAUCUACCUGCGCUAAACUUCACCUCAGCAUUCAAAAGUUACUCAGGCUACCUGCAGGCAUCAUCCACUGAUGAUUUCCGUUAUUGGCUCGUCGAGUCACAGAAUAAACCUACAGAGGACCCUCUCAUUUUAUGGUUGAAUGGAGGCCCAGGAUGUUCUUCGUUGUCAGGCCUCUUCGAAGAGCUGGGUCCAUUCAAAGUCAGCGAUUAUGGAGCAAAUGUUUACGCUAACGAAUAUUCAUGGAAUUUGUUUGCAAAUGUGCUCUUCGUUGAAUCACCUUCCGGAGUAGGAUUUUCGUUCAACACGAAUGGUAAUGUGUCUACGAACGACGAUGAUGUUGCGCAGCACAAUUAUAAUGCUUUUGUAAACUUCCUGGAGAAAUUUCCUGAAUAUCGGGGAAGAACAACAUUUAUCACGGGAGAGUCAUAUGCUGGCGUUUACCUUCCGACGCUCGCAAUCAAAAUGCUCAGUGACCCAACGAAUUUUCCUAAUUUCAAGGGAAUGGCCAUUGGUAAUGGAGCCCUGGAUUUUCUCCACAAUUACGACACAAUGGUUCCCUUAUACUAUUAUCACGGUCUGGUGAGAGACGAAUUAUACCGAAACUUUUCGUCCACUUGCUGCAAAAAUAAUAUUGAGAGCUGUGACAUCGUCUCAGCUUACAGCAAUCCGGUAUGCAAACCACUUGUACUUGAGGUACUGAGUGCUGCUGAUAAACUGGAUGCCUACAAUAUCUACAGUACCUGCUAUACUUCAAGUGCCAGCGGCAGAAAAAUGCACAUCGACCGCUUUAUGAGAAGGAAAGCAGGACUUCCUCCAAGAAAUUCGCAGAGUGACAGUAGUGUGCCAUUGUGCGAUCAAAUUGGUAAUACAGAAGAUUACCUGAACAGAGCUGAUGUUCGCAAAGCUUUACAUAUUCCAACAUCGCUCCCUAGAUGGACUGAAUGCAGCAAUGACGUUGAAAAUAGUUAUGAAGUAAUCUACACUGAUAUGUUGGCACAAAUUGAGAGGAUUAGUGCAGCUGGUGUAAAGAUUCUUAUAUAUAAUGGAGAUGUCGACACCGUGUGCAAUCAUGUCAUGAAUCGACAGUUCCUUACAAAGUUGAAUCACACAAUCAUUGGCAAGGAACGUGUCAACGAACCAUGGCAUUACAUAGGCGAGAAUCCCACCGUAGCUGGAUUCCAGCUAAAGUAUGAAGGGGGUAUUGACUUCUUGACAGUUCGAGGAAGUGGACACUUUGUUCCACAGGACAAACCACGAGAAGCGCUACAAAUGAUAUACAACUUUGUGAAUUCUCGUGAUUAUUCUCUUCCUGUACCAUUCUGA